AUGGUGCACAAAGGCACGAAAAAGACUAGACAACAAAAUGUUAUCAUUGUAAAAACUCUCGAGGGACCUGUGCUCCAAGUGUUGGAAGAAAGUUCCAACUCCUUGGUAUGUUUAGAAGGAGGCUUCAAAGGAAAUGCUACACUUACUCUGGCAUUGGUGUGGCAGCUGAUGCGAAGGUACACGUUGAAGGUGUUAUCAGAUCUUGGAGAGGGUGAGAAAGUAAAUGAUGACAUUAUUAUUAAAUGGGUCAAUGAGACUCUUAAAAGUGCAAACAAAAGGACUUCUAUUUCUAGCUUCAAGGACAAAUCCAUUAGCAUGAGUUUACCUGUCCUAGACUUACUAGAUGCUAUUGCACCAAAUGCAAUUCGUCAAGAAAUGAUCAAGCGAGAAGACCUCUCAGAAGAAGACAAACUUAACAAUGCUAAAUACGCCAUCUCAGUUGCUCGAAAAAUUGGUGCCCGGAUAUAUGCCUUACCAGAUGACCUUGUAGAAGUGAAAUCAAAGAUGGUUAUGACGGUGUUUGCAUGCUUAAUGGGAAAAGGACUGAACAGAAUAAAAUAAUGAAAUGCUAACAUCAUUCUGCCACAACAGAUACACUGGAUGCCUCAGUUUACAGAAUUCUGAAAUGUAGUAGGUAUAAAACCAGAUUACUUGUAUGCUCAAGCUAGCUAUAUAACUCUCAUCAACGAAAUCAAUAUCCUGUUUGUACUAGUUAACAUUUGUCAUGUUUUUUGGAUGACAGUUACUUUACCAAUCAAUUUUGAUAACAGAAUAUGUUCAUUGUCAAAUUGGUGUUAUGAUUAAAUUAUUUUUCAUCUCUGAAAAAAAAA